AUGUCUUGGAAGCAAGCGAGCCCAAUCCUUUAUCUUAUGCUCAUGUUCCUUCUCGCGGAAGAUCUCGGGUUGCAUAUCUUCGCAGAUGCCAAUGCUAUAGAAUGCACCUUCUCUUGGGAUUUACCAGCGGCUUGGAACACUCGCAAACAUCUCUGCGGAGUGUCCAAACCAGGUUAUGAGGUGGUCACCUAUAGUUGUGAAUGGUGUGGAAGGAAUGAUAAACAACCACCCUCUGCGUAUGGCUGUGUUGCUCCCGAUGGAACAGAAUUGGGCCCGAAAGUAUCAUUGCCUUGCGAUGCCGGCACUGAAACUAGUACUAAACCAAAACUACCUAUCACUUGCAGAAAGGUUGACAAAGACAAAAACCCGAUCGUUUACUAUUGUAAAAGUCGACAUCUGAAUCAACAAUGUCCUGAGGAUAAGUGUAAAUUAUAA